AUGGCCACUCACCUGUCCUCGUCCCUUCCCUUGUCUGCCUGGUCCAUGGCCACUAUCCUUCAUUGGCUUACACGAUGUCACGACAUUGGCCACCAAGCUUGCGUGGUGACUUCGACUACUGUGCCGCGCCACAUUCAAGUCAAGACAGGCCAUGGCAGUAAGAGUGUACCUCAAGCUCAAGAAGGAGUCAACAGAAAAGGCGUGCAAUCGUAA